CUUUUCCCCCCAGUAUUUCUUGCCUGCGCGUCGUCCAACGGCCGAUAAUCGCCUUGUCGUUGUAGCGACGCCAGUCCGACGGCUCCCCUCAUUUUAGGAGUGCUGGCCGUUGCCGCCACUGAAGGACGACGACGCGGGUUUAGAAACAGACGAGUCGCGAUGGCUGACGGACGCUGGAUUUUCGCUGUCCUGCUGGUGCUCGCUGCUUCAGCUGGCCUCACGUCGGCCGUAUUCGACGUCGUGGAACACCAAAAAUGCGGGGGCGAGUUCUCGCAGAUCAGGAUUGAACCCUGCCCUCAGCUGCCCUGCCAUUUCAAAAAGGGCAAGCCACUCAAGCUUCAAGUGGACUUUGUCGCUGCCGAGAGCUUCCAAAAACUGGAAAUGAAGCUUCGAGGCGAGCUCAGCAACAAAGUGUGGUUGCCGUUCCCUGGCUUCCGCAAGAACGCCUGCAAGAACAGCGGCCUCACGUGCCCACUGGAGGUCGGCAAGUCGUACACGCUACAGUCCACGCUCAACGUCCUCUCAAGUUUUCCAUCGGUGGACGCCAACGUGGAAUGGAGCAUGAAGGGAGACAACAAGACAAUUUUUUGUUUUCUCGUGCCUGUCAAAGUUGUCGAUUAAGCUUUACGUAUUUUUCAAAAGUACCAGUUAUAAUCGGCUUUAAGGCUUUCUAGUGGAGAACUUUUCAAAACGCCCACUUGUAAGCUUUGCGAGCGUUUAAGUAGCCGCUUACAAUCAUGCCGAUUGUAUGUGGCUCAAUUGCGACUCCUGCAAUAUGCUCGUCAGCGAGGUUGCUAUUUGAGGAUGUUGAUUUGCCAAUGUGGGUAUACUAUUGAGCAUUAAAGAAUCGGACACAACGAGAGACGAUGUAACACACAAGGCGCAAACUUUAACAGCCUAAUUUGGAGAACAGUGACCAUUUUUUUACUAGACGUGUAGAAAGCGCAUGUCUUGAAGAUCACCAUCUAACACGUGUACACCCACUCUAAAAGGCAAUUUCUUUGACUGGCAAUGCUAUGGAAGCCUCACUGGCGCACCUCUUUUACAGUUUUGAGAUAUUAUGUGAUUCUAUAAUAAAGAGCGUCGCUUCUAUUCUACUUAUUACAAUUUCUAUGAACUUUUUAACAUAUGCAAUCUCUGAAAUGAUUGGCUAACAAGCCGCCUGACUGAUUUUAACUUUAUUCGAAUGCUCGUGCCACCUGUCGUUAAUGCAACGACCUGAAUUCUCUACAUAAUUAGCUUGGAAGUUAAAGGUAUGUGGUACAAACUACUCUAAGCUUCGACUUCAAGAGUUGAACGCCAUGGCGAUUUCGUAUUCCUAAGGCCCCGCCACGGUGGUUUAGUGGCUAAGGUACUCGGCUGCUGACCCGCAGGUUGCGGGAUUGAAUCCCGGCUGCAGUGGAUGCAUUUUCGAUGGAGACGAAAAUGCUGUAAGCCCGCAUGCUCAGAUUUGGGUGGACGUUAAGAACCCCUGGUAGUCAAAACUUCCCAAGCCCUCCACUACGGCGUCUCUCAUAAUCAUACGGUGGUUUUGAGACGUUAAACUCCACAUACCAAAUUAUCAAUAAUGCACACCUUUGAAUGUAUGAUGUUGCUCGAGAAGUUUAAAUUGUGAAUUACUGCAGUGCCAUCAAUAAAGUUGAAAGUUGCUUGUGUCAA